AUCGACUGUGAUAUAGAUGUUUUGGUUUUUGGCAAAACACUAGGUUUCAAUUCAUAAUAUGAUAUAGUCAAUCUUCAGUUCAUCAAUCGGGAGAUCGUUUUCGAUCUCCGAUUGAACCGAUCUCCCGAUCAAGGAUCCGAUAUUGGGACCGGCCUUAAGAGUGGCUUAAUGACAAACACAUUGCUCGCAGGAGUUCUGACAGCCUCGAAGAGCUAAAGGUAGUAGGUCGUGUAGACGGGAAAAGACCAUGAGAUCGAUCUUCCACCCUAUAGUCAAAAUUUAUAGCAUCACUUAACUGAAUGCCUAUACCAUAUCUAGCAGCAAACGUAGGGGCGCUGUUCCACCUCCAUGCAAAUUAUAGUUAUCUUUUACGCGAUCCAGAAGAUAAAAAAAUCGCACUAAGCACACUGAAGCACUAAGGACUGCCGAAAAUAGAGACACGUGGAGAGGAGUUAUGCAUUGGAUGAUAAAAUAAUAAUGAAUUAAUUAAUAAUAAGCAAAUUAGAGAGGAUGAUCAGAAAUGAAGUUGUUGACUCAUAUGAAGAAGUAUUAACUACCUAUUGAGCAUGUGUGAAAAAGUAAAACUUAGAAGGCUUAUCGAGCUCUUCCCACUAAUAACUUCCCACCGAGUAGUUAUGUAUUUCAUCUCAUCCAAUAGGAUAUAUUCAAUGUAGUUUAAAUAAUAUACUAUUACAUGGAUUUUUUUCUCAUCUCAUUUAAUUUUUAUUAAUUUGACUUCCGGACCUUUUUUAUAAAAUUUUAGCAUUUCGAUUAGGUUUCUUUCGCCUGCACAAUGAAGGUGCGAAAAAAAAAUACAAUAACCUACAAACUUUCAAGAGGGAAUACAACAAAUUAUUGAAUUUAAUGCAAGUUGAAGAGAAGAACUAUUUUUAAGAGAAAAAUAUUUAAAUGACAGCCUAACUUAAAUACUUUUGAUUGGACAAUUCGUCUCAAAACAUUACUUGAAAUUAUAAUAAAAUGUCUAAAUCGGUAGCUCGAUUGAAAUCCAUGAGAAAGGUGGCUGAAAAAAUCGAUCAUAGUUCAAAAAUGAGGACCAAUAUUCCAGCUGGUAUGGCUGCAGCUGGUCCGCCUCUAGGCCCUAUGCUGGGUCAAAGGAAUAUCAAUAUAGCCGCUUUCUGUAAAGAUUUUAAUGAGAAGACUGCUAACAUUAAGCAAGGAAUACCUUUACCAACAAGAGUGAAAGUUAAUUCGGAUCGUUCUUAUCAUCUUGUAAUACAUCAACCACCGGCUUCAUAUUUUUUAAAACAAGCUGCUGGAAUAAGUAAAGGAGCCAUGGAACCUGUUAGAGAAACCAGUGGGAAAAUAACUUUGAAGCAUUUGUAUGAAAUAGCAAAAAUAAAACAGCAGGAUCCUCCUUUAGAGUGGAAAUCGCUGCAAGAAAUUUGUACAAUGUUGAUAGCCACUGCAAGAACAUGUGGUAUUGAAAUAGUCAAAGAAUUAGAUCCCAAGGAAUAUGGUGAAUUCCUUGAAGAAAGAAAGAAGAUUGUCGAAGAACAAAAGAAAAUGUUACAAGAGAAGCGUGAAGCUAAAAUGUUGAGAACUGCAUAGUUUAGUUUGUUGUUAAUAAAAUUGAAUUUAGCCUAAAAAUGUAUAGAUAGACUUAGAUAAUAUUAUUGUAGAAAAAAAAGAAUGAAGUUUUAAAAAAAUAGUUUUAUUCGAAUAAAAUAGUUUGUGUGUUUUGUCCAUAUCAUGAAAAAGAUCAGUAACUAUUUGGUGAAGACAACAUAGAAAAGCUUGCUUGCUAAUUUCUAGGAACACUAUACUUCCUCUGUGUACUACAUUUUAAGAUUAUUCCAAAUCAACAACAAUACCAGAUCACUCAAUCUAAUUAUACGUCAUAACAAUUUAAAAAUAUAUCUAUCUAUGUAACUAGAUACAAAUAUUAAUUAUUAGCGAAACUAAAUGUUUCGUGUGUCUACUAUGAAACCCGUAUGAAACACUUUUCAAUUGGAUACUCACAAUCUAUUAUUUUGAAAAUGGUAUUAAAAUAUUAGAUCUAUUAGUGAAAGACUACAAAAAUAAAUUGAGCCCUUACAUCGCUCUACUCUAAUAAAAUAAAAGUUUGAUGACCUUUACUCUAUUAAUCCACAUGCAUAAAAUAGCAUUUUAAUAAUUCUAAUAAAUUCAAACGAAUAAUUAUUAGUACAGUAUCACACAAGACAGUCUCAUCGUAGGAUGCCAAAGGGUACCACCAAGUUUAAUAAAAAUAGUUAAUUUGUAAAAAAAUAUAGAA